CAGUGGUUAGAUUUGAGAACAAGAAGAGUAUUGAGAGCAGUUCAUCCAGUAUUACGACAAAAUAUUGAAGAUAUUGAUUCCAGUAUAUUUCAAUGGAGUUUGUUCAAACCAAUUAAUCCAAGACAACUAAUACAAUUCUCACUAGAUGUUGGACGAAUUGAAGGAUUAUAUAUUGCUGAACUGAGGGGCAGAGAAGAUAUUAAUGCAAGUCUUGAGAUUAUAUCAAGAAACCAUAGUGAGCUACUCAGUGUAAGAAUUGGAAAUUCGAUUGAAUUAUCGGAUACUGGGAUUUCUGCUUUACUUUCAAAUCCAAGCCUUCAACACCUGGAAUUGGAAAAUACAAGUAUGACUGGAGAAACCCUAGAAGAAAACCUGAGUUACUCGUCAAAACUUAGAAGUUUAAGCAUUAAAUGUUCGUCACUCAACGACAAAGGACUACAAAAACUUCUCAAAAUUUGUAAAAACAAUCUUAAUCAUCUAAAUGUCAGUGGGUGUAAUAUUUCUGACAGCGGCAUUCUUCACACUUUUUAUUCUUGUGAAAAUUUAAAAUCUUUUAGUUUCGGUCCAACCUCAGCAGAAAUAGACUGUGUAUCUCUAGUCCAAUACACAGGGAAAUGUAAGAUAAAUGAUUUAGACUGUAGUUAUUGUUAUAAUCUUGCUGAUAUUGGGUUGCACCAAUUGCUUAGAAUUUGUGGUGAAAAUCUGACAUCUUUAGAUUUAACUUUUACAAAAAUAUCUGGAGAAAUAAAAAGUAUUAUUAUUCCUAAUCUGGUGAAACUUAAUUGUAGUAUGUGCAGAAAUUUAACUGAUGAAGGACUUUCCUGUCUUAUAAGUAAGUGCAGUCAAACAUUAAAUCAUCUUUAUAUUACUCACACUAAAAUUUCUGACAACUUUUGGAGCAGUUUCAAAUGUCGUCUUCCAUGUAUUUCAAUUCUAAAUCUUCAUCAAUGUAAAAGUUUUACGGACAUUGGACUAUUGCAUGUAUUUAAUAUUUGUGGCGAAACAUUGAAAUAUCUCAACAUUGGAUACACAAUGGUGUCUGGAGAUAUAAAAGCUAGGAACGAGAUUCUCUCCUCCAUACAAACACUAGACUGUGUCGGAUGUUCUAAGCUGGCAGAUUCUGGUUUGAUAAACCUAGUUCAAGUUUGCUCUAGGAGAAUGAAAAAUCUAAAUAUUGGAGAACAUGGAGGAAGAAUCUCUGAGAAGUGUUUACAACAACUAGAAAAUAUGAAUUUAAACCUUCUAAUUAUAAAGAAUUGUUGUGGUUAAUUAUAUAAUUUUAAAUAAUAAAAUAACAUUACUUCAUGAAGUUA